AAGCCCCUGGCGGUUGAACUUUUAGACACGGCCAUCGACCUUCUAUUUUUCUGCGGAUUUACAUUACCUCAAACAUUGGAGAAGGACAAGGUUACUUACGCAAUCUGGGAAACUGGUGUGGGAUGUACCCAGCCAAUCGGCACCACCAAGGAGUGUGAGGCGAACAAGAUUGAGACACUGCGUUUGAUCUUGGCAAUGGCAUCAAAGACGAUGUACCAGCCGUCAUAUGCUCUCUCGACUAAGGGUAUCAGGAGUAUCACACAUAUUGUCAGCACGGAUAAGCGAAUCGUGCUGGCCUUGCUUUGCUCCUUGCUGAAUACGGUCAUGAAAUACAACCCGACAGCCUGGCGCGUCACCUACAGCCAUGUCGUCUUCAACGACCCCCGUCAAAUCCUCGUCACCUACUCCCUUCAAUUACUCCUCGCCCUCCUCACAUACCCCAUGCCCCAGCAAGUUGCCAACGACACCAACCCUGAUUCACAAGUAGCUGUGCCUCAGAACAACUUCCGUUAUUACUUUAGCAAGUUACAUCGGACGCAGGAUUUCCAAUUCAUCGUGGAUGGUAUGUCACGUAUCCUGAACCAGCCCAUUCAGGCAUCGAAUUCCUACUUGCCCGGGAGCGGACAGAAACAUAUUCGACCGGAGAUGAUGAUGCUGUUCUGGGAGUCACUUCAAACUAAUCGGCGGUUCCGGUCAUACCUCAUCGACACCGAGCGUGCUCUUGAUUUCGUCGUCUUGCUUCUCUAUUACCCAUUGGAGCACAAGACUGAUCCAGCACAGAUCGGGCUCGUGAGGAUGUGCAUUUUCAUUUUGCAGACUUUGACGGCGGAACAGGGAUUCAGUGAGAAGUUAAACAAGCCAUUCGAGGGGCACGGAAGUUUGCCGGCUUGUAUGCGGACACCGGCAUUCUCGGGGUCGUAUGCUGACUUCAUGAUUAUUUCUAUUUACAACCUCAUCGCCACCAGUAAGGGCGUCUUGAGCUCCCUGUACCCAGCAUUAUUCCUCAGCAUCGCCAACAUUGCGCCAUACCUCCAGAACCUUUCGGUCGUGACCUGCACGAAGCUCAUUCAGCUCUUCACCUCCAUCUCCUCGCCUGGAUUCCUUCUUGCUAAUGACAGCAACCAUAUCCUCCUUGCUUACCUCCUUGAGGCCUUCAACGGUGUUAUCGAAAACCAGUUUCAUGAGAAUCCCGAUUUGGUUUACGCCAUCCUGAGAGCGCACAGGCGUUUCGAAAGUUUGGCGGAUUUCAACUUGGAGAAGGGAUUGGAGGACAUCCAGCGCAUCAAGCAGAAGAAGGACGAAGCCAAGAAAGCGGCGGAGGAGAGGGGUGAGGUCAAGCCUAUGACGCAGAGGCCGGUUUUUGGUCCUCGGAGUACGGAUCCUACAUUUGCCAUUGGAGAGGAUGACGAGGACGAGGAGAAGUCGCGUUCGAACUCGAUCGCUGAUGCUUCGAGGAUUCCUCUGACAUCGCCAAGUGAGAGGGAUUCAAGUGUAGGGUCUAUUGACUGGAACCUGCAGUCGCCUCCUCUGAGGGUAAUGUCUGAAAAGGCUAGGGGAAAGCUUCCUGAGGGUGUUACGACGCCGAGAAGAGGAAGUAAUGCCAGUUUGGCGAGUGGGAUGUUUAACUUUGCCAGCAGCUUCGCUAUUGGGAAGCCUGACUUCAAUCCUACACAAGCAUGGCUCGAUUCAUGGCUUCCACUGUUGCCAUUUCAGACCAUCAUGACCACCAUCGAGGAACUCCGCCCUCAAGUAGAGGAAAUCAUGGCGAACCCGGCACAACCACUAACAGACCCUCAACCAAUCCUCGAAUUCCUUCGUACCCAGGCUGAGGUGAAGGAUCUUCACCCUUCGCAGCCGAAUCCGAGAUCAUUCAUCUGGACUGAGCUAGCGGUUGGGUGGUUCGAGAGUAUGCUUUUUGGAAGCAUAUAUCUUAGUGAAAUGGAGCUCACGAAUGGCGCCGUUGGUGUGUGGACAGGAACGCACGUUCGUCUCUUCAAGAUUCAGCAGGAUACGUCUACACCUACGUUAUUGAAGCCGAAGGGUGCGGUGGACUUCGUUGCGGACAGGCUGGCGAGUGUGACUUUGGGACUGGCACAGAGCAAGACUCCUACGGAGGGGCAGACCCCAGCUCCUUCGGCGCCGACGAGUCCGUUGCCUCCUAGUCAGCAAUGA